AUGGGUCCCUCUGAGGAACUGGCUGUCCUCGGACUUUCCGAAUUUAACAGACUUUCAAGAUUUUUAUUGACCUCGCACAGCUCCUGUCGCCAUGGUGACAACACUAAUUCAUGGUGGCUACCCAGGUCUCCUGUCUCCACGGUAACCGGUGCUUUGCGACCUUCAGUUUGCAGCGGUCGUGCUGCAGCCGCUGCAGUGGUUGCUGGGCGACGGCGGAGAGAAGCAGGUGGCUUGAGGUGGGGACCCGGACGGGCUUCCGGUAGGGGUGUAGGGGCGGUUCCGGGGAAGCCUGCGUCCCCAGGUAGGGGUGCUCCGGGACGCCGGCCCCGCAGCCCGCCUCUCCCCGGGCCCAUGGCCGGGGCGGUGGGUGGGACAGGGGGCUCAGGCUGGACUUGGCGGCCGGUGGCGCGGGACCCGCUGCUGGCGCGGGCUUUCCAUUCAUGCACCGAACUGCGGGGACGGUUCUAUCUGGUGGGGGGUCUUCUAGCCGGAGGAGCGAGAGAGCCGAGCAGUGAUAUGGUGGUCUUCGAUCCGGCUGGGGGCCAGGCCGUGCGGGUGGGAGCCCUGGGCGGCCCGAGGCGCAGCCACCACGACGCGGCGCCGGUGGGGGGGCGCUGGCUCUGUGUGGUGGGCGGCUGGGAUGGGUCGCGCCGCCUGACCACAGUAAGCGCCCUGGACACCGAGCGCGGUGUGUGGGAGGCGUGGACCGCCGCCCCCGGCAGCUGCGCCCCUGCCGGCCUCAGUAGUCACACCUGUACCCGCCUCUCCGACCGAGAGCUGCGGGUGGCAGGCAGGGAGGGCGGGACUCGCACUCAGCGUCGUUAUGGAAGCAUCUACACGUUAAGGCUGGACCCUGGCGCCCGCACCUAUUGCUAUAAGGAAGAAGGCUACCACACAGUCUCACGUUCAGGUCACUGCGCUGCCCUGCUCCAAAGUCCUGGGCCCCACCCAGGUCACCAGCUAUUGCUCUUUGGGGGCUGCAACUCAGCUGAACCAGAAGUAGCUGGGCAUUGGAGUCAUGGGAAGAUUAAGGAGGAACCACCUGUUGCCCCCCGUUUGAUGGAACAGCUUGCAAGUCUCGUGAGCAGUGGGCAGGGGUCCCGGCAGGGGCCUCGAGGACUCCGGCAUCACUCCUGUUCUGUGGUUGGGCCCUUUGCUGUGCUGUUUGGUGGAGAAACUCUGACCAGAGCCCGAGACACCAUCUGCAAUGACCUCUACAUCUAUGAUACCCGAAAGUCUCCUUCUCUGUGGUUCCACUUCCCCUGUGCAGACCACGGGCUAAAACGCGUGGGCCAUCGGACCUGCCUUUGGAAUGAUCAGCUCUACCUGGUUGGGGGUUUUGGUGAGGAUGGCAGGACAGCUAGUCCACAGGUUUGCAUUCUGGACCUCUUUAUCUAAAGAAUAGUGCCAAGAUACACCACCAAGCCUCUGUUUUGUUGCAGACUCAAAGCGUUAUCACGAGAGCUAUCUGCCUCAUUUAAAAUGCUGAUUAAAUUUCAACCUGACAGUUAACAUUUGUUUCUGAAUCUUUUGGCGGGGAGGGAAGUAAAUAAGGAGAUGCAUCUUUAUUUGCAAGGUAAAGGAUAAAAUAUGGGACCUAGUUUGAUAUUGUGA